ACCCCCCCAGCUCCGACGUCUCCUUUGUUGUUUCCGUGGCUCAGUCCCCCUGAAAUCGCCCCGUGCGGCUGCGAGGUGGGGAAGGCAACAGCGAGAUACAACCGAGGAAAUAGAGUGAGAGUGACACUGAUAGGAGCGGGCGGAGAGAAAGAGAGAGGGCGAGAGAAAAGGAGGACUGAACCAUUCAUUAACAUCGUCCACCUCAAAUCAGGGAGAGGGUGCUGAGGAGCUGCUUGAACGAAUUCGGAUCGGGAAGGGGCAGCGGCGUGUCCCGAGCACGCACACAGUGAAGCGGCAGCAGCAGCGGCAGCGACAGGGCGAGCACGACCGCUUCUUCCCGUUAGCUGAGGAACAGCCGCCGCCUGCCCCGUGUCCCCGUCCCCUCCUCCCCCGACCACUCGCCGCCGGCUUGUUCGCCUUCAACCAGCGGCUCAUCUCCGCUCCGGCCAUGGUGGUGUCAGAGUUGCUCGCCCCAUCCCAGCGCACGUUAGCCGGACCGUCGGCGUGCUGUUGCCUCUGGCUGUUCGCCGUGUUGGCUGUGGGCAGCCUGCCGGCGGGGCUGCCCGCCAACCCGCUCUCCAGCGUCGAGUGUCAGAGCGGCAAAGGCAGGGGAGCCAAUUGCUCAGAAUUUAAUGAACGAGAAAAUGAUUUCAAAAUGUGUGAUGAAACCACGUGUCGAUAUGGUGGAGUCUGUAAGGAAGUCAGUGGUGACUUGAGGUGCUCGUGCCAGUUCCAUUGCCAUAAACAUUACAUCCCUGUUUGUGCAUCUAAUGGAGAUACCUACCAGAACGAAUGUUUCAUGAGGCUAGCUGCAUGCAAGUACCAAAAAGAGAUUACAACAGACACAGAGAGUCCUUGUUACACGGAAAAUGGCUCUGGUUCUGGAGAAGGAGAAUACGAAGGCUCGGGAACAGAAAGACGCCAAAAACACGUAAAAUGUGGAAAAUGCAAGUAUGGUGCAGAAUGUGAUGAAGAUGCGGAGGAUGUCUGGUGUGUAUGUAAUAUAGACUGCAGCAGAUUCAACUACAAUCCAGUGUGUGCAUCUAAUGGAAAAUCAUACGAUAGUCCUUGCCUUGUCAAAGAAGCAUCCUGCCAGAGACAGGAGUGGAUUGAAGUAAAACGUCUUGGUAAAUGCCAAGAUGACUCUGGUUCUUUGGGGAAGGACAAUGGAUUUCAGCUGGGAACAGAAAUUAAAGAUGCCAGUGAUCAAAGAGAAGAUAUUUACACUGGAAAUUACCAGCCAUGUUCAGAGCAUGUUUGCAUGCAUGGAAAAUGUGAAUACAUUUACGCUCGCCGAGAGACAUCCUGUCUCUGUGACUCUGGCUAUGUUGGACAGCACUGUGAAAACAGAGACUUCAGUAUUCUAUAUGUGGUUCCAAGUGGGCAAAAACUUCACUAUGUCUUAAUUGCAGCAAUAAUCGGAGCUGUGCAGAUUGCUAUAAUAGUCGCCGUGGUGAUGUGCAUAACAAGGAAAUGUCCAAAAAAUAACCGAGGACGCCGACAGAAACAGAACCUAGGACAUUUUAAUGCAGACUGCACCACUUCAUCAAGGAUGGUCUAGUUUAACUCAUUUUAUACUCUUUUUCUUCAUUUAUCAUGUCUCUCCGGUUGAUGAAUUACAAAUGAUUUUUCUUUGCUGAGAAGAAGAGAUUUUUGUUUCAGAGGCCUUGGUUUUCUGGACCUUUGCCAGCAUAUGGAUUACUGUGUCUGGUAUCACGACCAGGAUGCUGCGAUUUGUGGUAAACAAGUGAAACAGUCUAAUUGUAACUAAUAAUUGGGCUGUCCCGUCAGUAGGAAGGGUUUUUGAUUUCUAGAAAAAUUACAAACAGAAAAAAAAACAAGUGAAAAUGAUGGAAUCAAAAUAAUAUACUAAUGAAAGGGACAUUUUUGUACUCUCUGAGCGGAAUUUGCUCAUUAUGCCAGUAACAUAUGUUUGUGUAAUAACUUGCCAUUAUGUUCAUGAUAAAAUUACAAAUGACACUCAGAAGGCAGAAGAAUACCGGAGCGGGUUUAAAAAGAGAAUCGACUGAACAAGCUACAGAAAGGACUAUAAAAGAAAAGGGAAACAUGUUUACAACUGACUUUCCUUACAAGAAAUGAAGGUUUCUAUUUGAAAUUAUUAGGAAAUGUUGCCUUUUCAAACACUAUUUGCAUGAUUUGUGGAACUGUGUACUGUGAUUAGAUUAAAAUUCAAAGCUGUUUGGAUUGAGUAUAUGGUGGAGAUUUGUGCACCACCAUUCUAAUAACUUUGACACUGCAGCUAUAUUUGGCUCCCCUUGGUGUAAAUUUAGUAUCACAUAAAUGUAACGUGGUGCAUGUGGCCUGUGCCACUAAAACAUUGAUUUAUCUUUGUAGAAAAAUACUUUAGGUUGAUCAUUUGGUGUAUUCACUGCGAUUCAAAUUGUUUUAAAAGUUAAAUACAUUGUUAUUUGUCACUAUCUCACUGUGAUAAAAUACACUGUAAUUAUUAAAAUGUGCUGUAUUUAAAAUUACUUUGAAAAUGGUACUAAAAUUACAACAGUGGCACCUACUGGGUGUGUAUAAAAGGGAUUGCGACUUAACAAAGUUUCAUGGUACAUCAACUCCACUGAAUGAGUGUAGGAUAUCUUGAAAACAGCUAUCACUAUAUUCCAGAACUCAAUAUAACUUGGACCUCUGCAUAAUUCAGUUCUCAGCUGAUCUGACAAAACUCUCUACAAGGAUUAUUUUACACAAUCGUUCCUCUUUCAGCUUCUUAUCAGAUAAACAGUUUUCAAAUUUAAUGCUGAAAUUUAACUCGGCAAAAUUGUUCUAGUUUAUUUUCAAAUCCAUAGUAUUGCAGUGAUUAUCUACCCUGUCUUUUAAAUAAUAACUCGUGGAGAAAUAAUAAGUAUCUCAUUCUAAAAUCUCUCUUCAAAUCCUGCAUCAUGAUGCUUGGUAGUUAUUUUAAAUAUGUAUCUAUGAAAUAUAAAGCGGAGGGAACAGAAUUUGUGAUGGUCCAACAAAAUAAAGCAAUGUAAUAUGAUCAAAUAUUCUUUAACUUGCCAACAUUAAGCUCUGCCGCACACUUUUCUUGCUGUGUAGCGUCGUAACUGACAAGUAUUUUAAAAGCACUGUAAUUUAUUAUCAGUUGUGGUUCUGAGAUAGCACUCACUUCCAAGGCAGAAGGUUAAGGGAUCAAGUAUCACUCUAGAGACCCAAAUACACACAUUUAGACCUAUAAUUUGAUGUAGUUAUCGAGGAGUGCAGCACAGUUAGAGUAGCUAACAGCAUCUUUCGGAUAAUUUGUUAAAUUGGCAGUUCGGUCUGCCCUCUCAGGUGCAUGUAUAAUGUACCAUUACACUACUUGAUGUAGCAGAUUUCUCUGCAAUGAUCUGGACAGUGUUUAUCCCAGAGCCAACUUCAUUAAAAUAGAUUAGCUUGAUAUGUGUUUAGUUGUUUGUGAGAUUUUGUUGUGCACAACGUAGGUGCUCGACUUCCUUUAUCACAAAAUGACUCAAAUUCAAAUGAAUGUCAAUGGGUAGAAUGUGCUUUGAAACAUUCUGAGGUUGUGAGAGAUACAACGUGAAAGCAAGCAUUAUUUCCUCUGGUUUUUUUUCACUGCGUAAAAUGUGAAUUUACAGCUAGACUUGGCAAUAGAUUUUUGGUAGGAAGUCCAUGAGGGCCAUUAUUUUACCAUUGUAGAUAGUUUAUGAGUGUGAUUUUCUUAACUUUGUUAUACUUCUCUUGCAUUAUGAAUCAUAAAAGACAAUGCUAUGACAAAAGUGUCAUGGAAUAAUGUAUAUUAUUAAGAUGCAUGUUGUACCCUACAAUUACAGGUUUCCUUGCUUGAA